GCCUACCGCCAUUAAAACUCAAAGAAGACGAAGAACAACAGUUCUUCGUGGAGGAACAAGAGGAGUUAUUUUGUAACAGAGACAGUUUUCUGUAGCUACUGUUAAACUCAGGGUCCACUGAGGUAAAAAUGCGGAUGCAACGUUAGCUUGCGGCUCUUAUGGCUUUUGCACCUGCAUGCUCUGAGAUAGAGUUGGGAUGUUUUAAACCAACAUGGAAGCCAAAAGAGUGGAGAUCCCAUCUGGCGUACUGGACGACCUAUGCAGCCGGUUCAUCCUGCACAUCCCCAGUGAGGAGCGGGACAACGCUAUCCGGGUGUGCUUCCAGAUCGAGCUGGCCCACUGGUUCUACCUGGACUUCUGCAUGCAGAACACUCCGGGGGCUCCUCACUGUGGGAUAAGAGACUUCGCCAAAGCAGUUUUCCAUCACUGUCCUUUUCUGCUGCCUCACGGAGAAGAUGUUCAAAAAAUCCUGGAACAGUGGAAGGAGUACAAGAUGGGUGUACCCACUUAUGGAGCAAUCAUUCUUGAUGAAGCACUAGAAAACGCACUGCUUGUUCAGGGCUACCUUGCAAAGUCAGGCUGGGGCUUUCCAAAAGGGAAAGUUAACGAGGAUGAAGCGCCUCAUGACUGUGCAGUUCGUGAAGUGUUGGAGGAAACGGGCUUCGACAUCAAGAAUCGCAUCUGCAAAGACAUGUUCAUAGAGCAGAAAAUCACUGACCAAGUGGUUCGGCUCUACAUCAUACCAGGAGUGUCAAAGGAUACCAAGUUCAACCCCAAAACAAGGAAAGAGAUCAGGAACAUUGAAUGGUUUCAUAUUGAGAAGCUGCCAUGUCACAGGAACGACAUGACCCCAAAGUCCAAACUUGGACUUGCCCCCAACAGGUUUUUCAUGGCCAUUCCAUUUAUAAGACCGCUGCGAGAAUGGAUCAGCAGGCUGAAAGGCGAGUCAACAGACAGCGACGAGGACUUUGCAAACAAUGGCAACACUUCAAGCAAAGCUUCAGACAACACUUGGUCAAAAUCCCGCCGCCUCACCGGUGGCGAUGCUUUUCCAGGAGACAGCUGGGCGAAACACAAGCAGCAGAAGGCUGUGGGCCAGGCGAGCCAGCAGGAGCUCAACCAGAAUCCACAUUUGAAAGGCAAUGGAAAGAAAUGUCUAGACUCGUCUUAUGUGAAGAAAGGAGCAAAUGACAAUGGAGCCAACUGCCAGCAGGUGAAAGCCAUAUUUACAGAAGUUAAAAAACUUCAACCCAGAAGACUGCAAGACAGUUUUGAGAGAGAUGUGGCUCCAUGCAGCUCCAACGGUCACCAGACAGUCCACAGCAAAGACUCUGAGCCCCUGCUGUCCUCGAAGAUUUUCCUCAAUUUUAAAUUUGACAGAGAAGCUAUCAUGAAAUGUUUUGACUACUGACAUGGCUGAUGAACCGCUGGAAGAGAAUCAAACUAGAGGCUAAUUUAUGCUUCUGCUUUAAAAUGAUGCCAGGGGUACGUAUGUAGGUACGUGGAGAUUUAGACCCUACGCCGUAGCCUGACGUGCACCUCU